AUGCGUGUAGGCUAUGGCUGCCUUCUAGCUGAUGUUGCAGGCUAUGGCUGCCUUCUAGCUGAUGUUGCAGGCUAUGGCUGCCUUCUAGCUGAUGUUGCAGGCUAUGGCUGCCUUCUAGCUGAUGUUGCAGGCUAUGGCUGCCUUCUAGCUGAUGUUGCAGGCUAUGGCUGCCUUCUAGCUGAUGUUGCAGGCUAUGGCUGCCUUCUAGGUGAUGUUGCAGGCUAUGGCUGCCUUCUGGCUGAUGCUGCAGACUAUGGCUGCCUUCUGGCUGAUGCUGCAGGCUAUGGCUGCCUUCUGGCUGAUGCUGCAGACUAUGGCUGCCUUCUGGCUGAUGCUGCAGGCUAUGGCUGCCUUCUGGCUGAUGCUGCAGACUAUGGCUGCCUUCUAGCUGAUGCUGCAGACUAUGGCUGCCUUCUAGCAGCCUUCUAG